CAUGUGUCUAAUCAAUGUUGUUACGUAUAUCGGUAGUGAAUGAAGUGUUGUGCACUAUGGAAUAGUUAUAGUGUAUUAUUUUAUUUAUAUUUGUGAGUUAAGUGCUAAUUAAAAUAAGAAGAUGAAGCCGAGUUGGACGUUUUUACUUGUCGGGUUUUUGGAUUUAAUGUCAAUAUUUUUAAUAUUGCCAUAUGUCGACAUCCACGCAAAAGAACUAGGGUUCAACCAUAUUCAAAUAGGACUCCUAGGAGCCGUGUAUCCAGGAUGUCAAAUGAUAUCAUCACCUAUUGUUGGAAGCAUAGGUGACGUUAGAGGCAGAAGAACAAUAUUAUUGUAUUGUUUGAUUGUUUGCGCAAUUACCUACUUCUGGUUAGGAAUAACAUCCUCCCUGUUAGUUUUCUUUGGUCUCCGUAUUUUAUUAGGAACAUUCAAGCAUACUCAGCUACUAACCAAAGCUUUAGCACCAGACUAUCUUGAAAAUCCAGAUGAUAUAUCUACUCUAUAUGGAAGAUUAAUGUCAUUGGGGUCACUAGGGCUAGCCCUGGGGUCCGUUCUGAGCGGGUAUGCUAUGGAAGCAUUCCCAAAUAGCGGAUUUACUAUAAUGUGUGUCAUUUUAUCCGCAUUCUUCGUUAUUAAUGCAGGUUUAAUCAACUCUUUGCCAGAAACAUCAAGAGAGAAAAAAGACAAAUCAGCAGCUGCAUUCGAAGCAUCAAAAAUACUCGAUCUCACCGUUGACACUCUCAAAAAAACUAUCAAUAAGUUCUAUAGCAUAGACUGGGUUACAUACUGGGACAUAUUUGUUUUCAAACUAGUUUUGUCAGCCUCCGUAGGCCUGUAUUAUAGUAAUUUUCGUUUGUUCUUAAUGACUGAACACGGUCUAUCUCACGUGUAUCUAGGCUAUAUUGUAGCUGCAGAAGGAAUCGUUUCAUCCAUAAUAAAUAAUUCAGUUGCCUAUAUUAAUAAGUUCUACGUAAAUGAUAAGGACUACAGUCAGAGGAUUUUACAUAUAUUCUUUUUGAUAGUAUUCUCUUUGGUAGGGUUAGCUCUAGUUCCUAAUGUGUACUUGUUUGUGGUGCUUUUGAUACCGAAGGCUGUAUCCUUUUCUCUAGCGAGAAUUGUGUCUUUGGAGGUGGUAGCGACUAGGGGUGGGCCUGACAGCCGAGGGACUCUGAUAGGAGCGUUUAGUAGCGUCAGGUCAAUAGCUGGGAUUGUGACACCACUAAUCAGUGGCGUAAUCAAUCAUUAUUUAGGUGUAACUUAUGCAUUUUUGACAGCGGCUUUAUUCGCAACAAUAGGCCUAGUCUUAAGUUAUCGGGUAAGAUUAAAGUCUAUACACGAAAAAACGAAGUAAAUACUGUUACUGUUACGGCCUUUGUAUCGUCCCACUGCUGGGCACAGGCCUCCUCUCACGCGGAGGCGGAUUGCAGGCGGAGAAGUAAAUAGAUAAAUUUAAA